CGGAGGCCCGGUGACCCUGGGACUUUGCUCUGCUCCGUCCGCAGCAGGAACACGCCCGGCCCCGGCGCCAAAGACAACCCCCCAUGAGCCACCCGGCCGCCCUCCUGGCCGUGGCCCUGGCCGCCCUGCUGGCUCCGGGGGCCGGGGUGCCCGUGGGCCGGCGGGGCGCCCGGCACAAGCUGCUCCUGGUGUCCUUCGACGGCUUCCGCUGGGACUACGACCAGGACGUGGACACCCCCAACCUGGACGCCAUGGCGCGGGACGGCGUGAAGGCGCGCUACAUGACCCCGCCCUUCGUCACCAUGACCAGCCCCUGCCACUUCACGCUGGUCACCGGCAAGUACAUCGAGAACCACGGGGUGGUGCACAACAUGUUCUACAACACCAGCAGCAAGCUCAAGCUGCCCUACCACGCCACGCUGGGCGUCCAGCGCUGGUGGGACAACGGCAGCGUGCCCAUCUGGAUCACCGCCCAGAGGCAGGGCCUGAAGGCCGGCUCCUUCUUCUUCCCCGGCGGCAACGUCACCUACCAAGGCACGGCCGUGACGCUGAGCCGCAAGGAAGGCAUCCUGCACAACUACAAGGACGAGGCGGAGUGGAGGGCCAACGUGGACACGGUGAUGCGCUGGUUCACGCAGGACGGCCUGGACCUGGUCACGCUCUACUUCGGGGAACCCGACUCCACGGGCCACAAGUUCGGGCCCGAGUCCCCGGAGAGGAAGGCCAUGGUGCAGCAGGUGGACAGGACGGUGGGCUACCUGCGCGACAGUAUCCGGCGCAGCGGCCUGGAGCGCAGCCUCAACCUCAUCAUCACGUCCGACCACGGCAUGACCACCGUGCGCAAGAAGGCCGGCGACCUGGUGGAGUUCCACAAGUUCCCCAACUUCACCUUCAAGGACAUCGAGUUCGAGCUCCUGGACUACGGGCCCAACGGCAUGCUGCUCCCCAAGGAGGGGCGGCUGGAGAAGGUGUACGCGGCGCUCAAGGACGCGCACCCCAAACUCCACGUCUACAAGAAGGAGGACUUCCCCAGGUCCUUCCACUACGCCAACCACCCCCGGAUCACGCCCCUGCUCAUGUACAGUGACCCUGGCUACGUCAUCCACGGGAGGGUGAACGUGCAGUUCAACAACGGGGAGCACGGCUUCGACAACGGGGUCCUGGACAUGAAGACCAUCUUCCGGGCCGUGGGCCCCAGCUUCCGGCGGGGCCUGGAGGUGGAGCCCUUCGAGAGCGUCCACGUGUACGAGCUGCUGUGCAAGCUGCUGCGCAUCGUGCCCGAGGCCAACGACGGGGACCCCAGCGCCCUGCUGCCCAUGCUCACGCCCGAGGGCGACGGGGGCCCCAGCACCCUGCUGCCCAUGCUCACCACCCUGCUGCCCAUGCUCACGUCCGAGGGCGACGGGGGCCCCAGCACCCCGUCCACCACCACCCACUCAGGGUCUGCCCCCCUGGCUGGCGGCUGCCCCGCCCUGAUGACAGGCCUGCUGGCGGCUGCAGUUCUCCUGGCCAAGGUCGCAUAGUGCCCAUCGCUCAAGGAAGCCUCCGCAGCUGCCCUCGCGG